CCCCUAUAAAAGUCCUGGCAAAUUUGAAUUAACUAAGCAUUGUAGUUUUGCGCUUUGUGGCAUUUACAAUUCGCGAUUUCAAUUCUUCUUGCUGAUUAAUAACUUUAAAUUAAUUCAAAAUGUGUGACGAAGACGCUGGAGCACUCGUUGUUGACAAUGGAUCAGGAAUGUGCAAGGCCGGUUUUGCUGGAGAUGAUGCACCACGUGCUGUCUUCCCAUCAAUUGUUGGACGUCCACGUCAUCAAGGUGUGAUGGUUGGUAUGGGUCAAAAGGAUUCAUAUGUCGGUGAUGAGGCACAAAGCAAACGUGGUAUCCUCACAUUGAAAUACCCAAUUGAACACGGCAUCAUUACCAACUGGGAUGAUAUGGAAAAGAUCUGGCAUCACACUUUCUACAAUGAACUCCGUGUUGCACCAGAAGAACAUCCAGUUUUACUCACAGAAGCUCCAUUGAAUCCAAAAGCCAAUCGCGAGAAGAUGACACAAAUCAUGUUUGAAACAUUCAACUCACCAGCUAUGUAUGUUGCAAUCCAAGCUGUUCUUUCACUCUACGCUUCCGGUCGUACCACAGGUAUUGUUUUGGACUCUGGAGAUGGUGUUUCACACACUGUUCCAAUUUAUGAAGGUUAUGCUCUUCCACAUGCCAUCCUCCGUCUUGACUUGGCUGGUCGUGACUUGACUGACUAUUUAAUGAAGAUCCUUACUGAACGUGGAUACUCAUUCACAACCACAGCUGAACGUGAAAUCGUUCGUGAUAUUAAGGAAAAGUUGUGCUAUGUUGCCUUGGAUUUUGAACAAGAAAUGGCAACAGCUGCUGCUUCAACUUCACUCGAGAAGUCAUAUGAAUUGCCUGAUGGACAAGUUAUCACAAUCGGUAACGAACGUUUCCGUUGUCCAGAAGCUCUUUUCCAACCAUCAUUCUUGGGUAUGGAAUCAUGUGGUAUCCACGAGACUGUCUAUCAAUCAAUCAUGAAGUGUGAUGUUGAUAUCCGUAAGGACUUGUAUGCCAACACUGUUCUUUCUGGAGGUACCACAAUGUAUCCAGGUAUUGCUGAUCGUAUGCAAAAAGAAAUUACUGCCUUGGCUCCAUCAACCAUCAAGAUUAAGAUCAUUGCUCCACCAGAACGUAAAUACUCCGUCUGGAUCGGAGGUUCAAUCUUGGCAUCACUCUCAACCUUCCAACAAAUGUGGAUCAGCAAGCAAGAAUAUGACGAAUCUGGCCCAGGCAUUGUCCACAGAAAAUGCUUCUAAAUUAAGAAAUCAGCUUACAAAUUCAAUCAAUUUUAUUUUACUAAUGCACACAAACUGCCAUCCUUCGUGUGUUGUUGGCUCUUGGCUUUUUCUUUUAACUUUUCUCUCUCGUAUCAUUCAAAAAAUACACAAAUUAUUUAUAUUACUCAAUUACAAUCUUUGCUUUAAGAUGCAUGGAUGAAUUUACGUCAACUUAAGGAAUUUAGACGUUAAUUAAUUUUUAAUUAAAAGACAAAUAGAACGAAGAAAAAUAAACAUUAUAUUUUAUUUUGAAAUUCAAUUUAUCGCACAUAGUCAUGCGAUAAGUAUGAAUUGAAUAUACCAUAAUUUUUCAUAGUCAUUGCAACUAUAAUUAAUAGUUGCCAAUGUUCAUUAUGUAAAUGAAGAAAUUAAGCAGUACUACAUCUCACUGCAAAAUGCAUACAACAUCAAGAAUAAUAAUAGUAAAUAGCAAUCAACUACUACACAUUAAUCUACAAAAAAGGGAAAUGAAUUUCUUUCGUGACAUCUCUUUUUGAUUUUUCAUAGCAGAUAUACAGUUUUUCUCACAUUUUCAAGUCGUUAUUUAAAUUAUUUAUAAAAUAAAAUU